CUCCGCCUCCGCCCUCCUCCUCCAGCUCGAGCGGCCAGCCAACCGCGCGGCCGCUUCUUGAGCCUGGCUCCGCGGUCGUCAUGACGCCCGGCAAACAUUCCCGAGCCGCCGGCGCGGGCCGUUGGGGUUCGGGUACCGCAGGGCCGCCGGGGAAGGGGCGCCGGGCCCUCGUCUGCGGGUCGCCGCCAUGUACGGCUCUCCGUCGAGCACCCGCAAGCAGGCUAACUUCGCCAUGAAUGCCAUCUUACAGCCAAAGAGGUCCAUUAGCUUUGUAGCAUCAAGAGCAAGCGGAGGGAAAGGACCCACUGGCACGAAUCAAAGCAGAUUGUCAAAAACUAUGAUUUCUUUAACCGAGACAAAGUCAACAGAAAAACUGAAUGUUACUGGCGCUAAGACAGUACAGGUGUUAGAUGCAAGAGGAGUUGAUGUUACCCCCAGGCCUCUCUACCACCCAGAUCCUCAUCUUGGAGCCCCAAAGCCAAGUAAACUUCUGACGUCAGAAGAUGGAUCAUUUGGAUCGGAUUUUAUUUCUUCCUAUAGCCUGUAUCAGAAUACAGUAAACCCCAGUAUGUUUGGGCAGUUCACAAGGUCAGUCCUAGGGAGCAGUUCAGUGUCUAAGUCAAGUGCAUCAACAACUGAAUCAAUGGCAGAGGACCUUGAAGAACCAUCUUACAAAAGGGACAGAUUGGCUAGUUUUACAGAUGUACGAGUUUUGAGGACCACACCUGAACUAGCUAUAACAAAGGAAGAUCUGGAGAAGAAUAUAGAAAUCAUUCUCACCGAGACGGGAACACUGAGAAUUUUUGACCUGCCAACAGUCAUGUUCUCAGUAGAAUCUGAAGAUGCUGAGAAAAUAGUAGAGAAAAAUAAGAAUUAUGAAGUUCUUUGUAAAAAUAGAUUAGGCAAUGACUUGUAUGUAGAAAGAAUGAUGCAAACGUUUAAUGGAGCACCAAAGAACAAAGAAGUUCAGUGUGACAAAAUCAUAAUGGAAGAAAAAGGCAUAAUGGCCACUGCCUGGGAUUUGUAUGAUUCUUUCAAUGCUGCAGAAGUUCUGCUAUCAGCAAAAUCAUCUGCAUUUUCAAGUAAAGGAAAUUUACUUGCUAAACACCACGACUCCAAACAACAAGGAAAUGAAAGUAGUUCCCUAAUGGAUAUAGAAAAUGUGAUUCUGGCUAAAGUUCAUGAUGAUGAAGAAGACCAGUCAGAGAUGAUAUUAAAAUUGGACAGGCUUCAACAAGACUUAUUUUACAUGGAAAGAGUUUUAAUGGAAAACAUAUUUCAGCCAAAACUUGCAGCCUAUCGUCAACUCCGUGUUUUAAAAGAACAGCAACCUGGGGGGUCUGAAGAUGUUUCAGAGGAGGAAAAGUCGGUGUCAACAGAGACUGAGAUUAAGAAGGAGGAAGAAGAAGAAGGAGAAGGAGAAAAAGAACUACAGAUAAAUACGGAACAGUCAACAAUACCAGCCAAUUUGGAACGGCUCUGGUCGUUCUCCUGUGACUUAACUAAAGGCCUCAAUGUGAGCAGCCUUUCCUGGAACAAAGCAAAUCCAGACCUUCUGGCUGUUGGCUAUGGGAACUUUGGAUUUAGAGAGCAAAAAAAAGGAAUGGCUUGCUGCUGGUCAAUAAAGAACCCCAUGUGGCCAGAGCGUAUUUAUCAGAGUCAAUUUGGCGUUACUUCUGUGGAUUUUUCAAUCAGCUCACCUAAUCUCCUAGCAAUUGGCUACCACAACGGCACGGUUGCAAUCUACAAUGUGCAGAACAAAAAUAACGUUCCAGUUCUGGACAGUAGUGAAUCACCUCAAAAACAUUUGGGACCUGUUUGGCAAGUGCAGUGGAUAGAGCAAGACAGAGGAACUACUGGGGAUGACAAGAGAGAAAUCUUGGUGUCUAUAUCAGCCGAUGGAAGGGUCUGCAAGUGGGUCAUUCGCAAAGGACUGGACUGUCAUGAUUUGAUGCGACUGAAGCGAACUGGUGCUUCAAACAAAAAGGGAGGAGAAAAGGAAAAGAAAGGCGAGGCUCUGAUAUCUCGACAGGCUCCAGGAAUGUGCUUUGCUUUUCACCCCAAGGACACAAAUAUCUAUCUGGCUGGUACAGAAGAAGGCCUUAUUCACAAGUGUUCCUGUUCAUACAAUGAGCAAUACCUAGAUACCUAUAGAGGACAUAAGGGCCCAGUGUAUAAGGUUGUAUGGAACCCACAUUGUCCUGACGUCUUCCUGAGCUGCUCUGCAGACUGGGGGGUCAUAGCCUGGCGCCAAGAAACCCUCACGCCGUUGCUGAGCUUUUAUACAACUACUCAUGUUGUUUAUGAUGUUGCCUGGUCUCCAAAAUCCGCCUAUAUUUUUGCCGCUGCAAAUGAGAGUAGAGUAGAGAUUUGGGACCUUCAGAUCAGCACCUUGGACCCUCUGAUUGUGAAUGUUGCUAACCCUGGAAUCAAGUUUACAACCAUUCUCUUUGCCAGAAAGACAGAUUGCCUUCUAGUGGGAGACAAUGAUGGCCAGGUGGCUGUCUAUGAACUGAAAAAUAUGCCUACUGUAUCGGAAUCUGGCCGGGGAGAUAUAGUAAACCUUCUGCUUGGACUCAAGACAAACCAGCCAGGAUAAUCCAUUAUUCUUGUUUAAGGGAAAGGGAAUAACAUUAUAUGCUGUAAGCUUAACAUUUUGGUUUUAAGAGAGCAAUAAACAGUCUAUAACUUCCUUUAACAUUACAUUAGCUUUUAUUUCAAAAAUAUGUGAUUAGUUUAUAAUUUAAGAUAAGCUAAAGAUUUUUGUCAAGGUUGUCUUAAUUUUCUAAAGAAUAUUUUCAUUCCACUCUUUGGUCAUAUUUAAAAUAUCUAUUAGCAAAUAUAUAUACCUAUCAAAUGCUCAAAUAACUUAGAAAAUGGUUUCUUUAAAAGCUUAGACAUUUUUAGAAUUUAAUUCACAGUCUUUAGAAGAUAUGAUUCCAGAAACUGUAAAAUUUGCUCCCCAAACUCCGCCUUUGGGGCUUACAGUGCACAACCCCCACCAUGAGCACUGUGAGACCUCGCACCUGACUUGGAACAUCAGUGCCAUCCUCCUAAAGCCAAGCCCCAAAACUAUAGAACUUUGUCAGAUGGAUUUACAAGCUAUGGGACAGAAGAGCAAAUGCCAUCAUCACAUUGUGUGGCUAGCCAGCACCCCUCACCCCCAUCGGCAAACUGUAAUGUGGAAUACAUUGUUACCUUCCUCUGAAAGCCAGGAAUCAUCUGCAGUCUGAAACUGUCUCAACAAGAAAACAGAAGGUCCUUGACUAUAGAACUGGUCAAGUAGGGUGUUUUCUUUCUUUCUUUUUUUAAUUUUUAUUUUUUUUUAAUGUUUUAGUUACAGUUUAUUUACUUUGUAUCCCAGCUGUCGCCCCCUCCCAUAUUCCCUCCCAAUCCCACCCUCCCUGUCCCUCUCUAAAUUCACUGAUGGGAAGGUCCUCCUCCCCUUCCAUCUGACCCUAGUUUGUCAGGUCUCUUCAGGACUGGCUACAGUGUCUUGGGGCAGGGAGCGGGGGCAAAGACAAAGAGCCAGCCAUUGAGUUCAUGUCAUAAGACAGUCCCUGUUCCCCUUACUAGGAAAACCCACUUGGCUAAUGAGCUGCCGUGGGCUACAUCCAAGCAGGGGUUCUAGGUUAUAUCCAUGCAUGGUCCUUGGUUCAAGAAUCAGUGUCAGAAAAGACCCCUGUGCCCAGAUAUAUUUGGUCCUUGUGGAGCUCCUGUCCUCUCCAGGUCUUACCAACUCCCCCUUCUUUCAUAUGAUUCCCUGCAGUCUGCCAGGGUGUUUUCUAAAGACAUCUGGACAGAUUGGGCAGUAACACUGCCCACUGACAGUGACUGCUAAGAGGUAGUCUGUGUGGGUCACUUAGCAAGAGUUCAUGUGAACUGAAUAUGAACAUAGUGCAGCCAUAGGGCAUGAUAGACUGUUCUGUAAAGUGUUUUGAGUGGAGGAAAGAGGCCAGGGUAUGUGAAGCUCACAAAGAAUUUGGAGAUUGUUUAUGUGGUAAGUUAGAGUACACAUGACAGUGAGAACUACCUCUUAUAAGCAGCCAUUGCCUCAACAUCUCCAUUUUUCUUUUCUUUCUUUCUUUCUUUCUUUUUUUUUUUUUUUUUUUUUUUUUGGAGCUGUUCAUUAAACAAACAAAAGCAAGGCAAUUUUAGGUAGCUCUUGGGUUUAGGUCAGGUCAUAAAGAUGUUUUUCUGCUGGUCUAAGUAAUUGGGGUUAUCUUUCUAAGAAAUUAAACUAUGUUAUGUUAAGUAAGAAAAAAACAAAAAUUUGGUUUAGUUGGAAAAAUGUAUUCCAUUUAUUUUAAUGUUUUAAAAAAAUUUUUUUUGUUUGUCUGUUUUCAUCAAGCCUAGCUGAAAAAUAAAGGCAUUAUUUUGGACGUUGGACAGCUUACCUAAGGAACCUAACCUACUGUACUUGAGCUUUUUCUCUAAAUCAUGCAGGUUUAAAUGAUUCCCUCACAUGUGUAGACUGGAGUGAACUUGAACGUUUUUUCAUAUAUUUGGGGAUGUCAGAGGGAAUCUCUUUGCCUGUUCCCUAGGCUAACUUUGGCUCCUUACGGUAGAUGCUGUUGUAUGGGAAAUUCCUCCGUCCACUAGUCCUCUCAUCGUUAAGCACGUGUGUACAUGUAUGUGCAGAGGGUGAUGCUUGAACAAAGUUUACUUAAUCUUUACGCAGGUUGGUCUACUAUCAAGCUAGCUGCCCCUCCCCCCCAUUCAGGAAAGGGCAUUUGUAUUCCCUGCUGUGUAACUGUGCACCGUACUAAUGUUCAUUCGAUUCACUUCUAAGCAAUUGUGUUCAGCCGCAAAUGAGAAAUUAGAACUCUCAGUAUUUGCCAUUUUGUCUCAAGAGCUUACUUAAAAGAAAAUGCUGAAUUUUACCAUAAAUCAGUUUAGUUAUCAGUAUGUUGGUAAUAAUGCACACGGAAGCACUUUACAGUUUAGAAAACACAUUCACAUCCAUCAUCUCAGUUCAGCUAUCUUGACAACCUUGAGACAAGUAGAGCAAAUUCUCAUAACAAUUGUUUGUGUCCCAGAAGACUGUUUGAGGCUUGAAGACCAAAGACCAUUCACUGCCAACUUGAAAUGAUUGAACUCCAGCAGAUUUGCUUUGGUUUGUUUUGUUGUUCUAAAGAUAGGGUCUCCAUAUAGUCCAGGCUCCUGCCUCCGCCCCCAGAGGUUGAGACUACAGGCAUGUUUGCAUCACUGCUCUAGGCUCUAACCAUUCUUAUCCUCACUCUUCUGUUAUAUAAGUGGUUAACACCCACUUGGCUUCUGAAAUCUACUGCAGAACAUAAGCACACAUGCAUUUUAUAUGUUAAGGUUUGAUCCAAAAUUGCUAAUACUUACAAACUUGACUUUCUCCGUGUUCACCUCCUGCCAGGCCAUGGCUUCAUGUGUCUUCUCUACGGAAAGCUUCCAACCCCAACUCUUCAUUCUGCCUAAGUACUCAGCCCACAGGCUCAGUUCCUGCCCCAUCUUCUCCAGACAGUACUUUCUACAGUCCCAACCACAAGACUGACCAGCUUAACCUUGCCUUUCUUUUUUUCCCUCAUAAAAAGACAAGAUCUCACUAUGUUGCCCAUGAAGACUUUGAAGUUAUGACUGCCCAUACCUCCCACAUGGCUCUUUGUUAAAUGUUCUCAGGCCUCCAGGGAGUUGGUGGCCCCCAUAACGCUGGUUCAGAAAUGAUUGUAGAAGUUCAUAUCGUAAUUAUUACUUUUCCUCUCUACCUCACUCCUCUCAAAUGGGUAGGUCUGCACAUGCAAGUCGAGGGAGGCAUGUAACACAUCAAAACUAUCUAUUCUUCCUAUAAAAGCAUGGAAUCAGGAAAGGAAUUCGGGACACAAACCAUACAUCUUAAAUUUAAAAGGAAAUGCAACACUUUCUCAGGAUGGAGGGCACAAGGGGAAUAAAGAAGGGAAACAACACACAUUGAAAAACAGGUUCAGGAAGUUGUACAACUUUGCAAACCAUUUCCCAUUGCAACCAGUGACACUCAAAGCUAGGAGCCCUGUACUGAUGGUAGCACAGUCUAGACACAGAAAAACGCUACAGUCAUAGCCAGGGAAGGGCAAGGAACUUGUGCUGACAUUAACUUGUUUUGUACAUGCUUAGUGUGACCU